AUGUUUUUACCUCUCGUCAUCCUCAGCUCCCUCUUCGUUACCGUACAAUCACAAUACGCUUCCUAUUACUAUCCCCAGUACGGCUAUGCUCAACCGGCCUACUACUCGAGGAGCCCCUACGGAUACAACCAGUACUCUUCCUAUGGAUAUCCAAGCUACUAUCAGCAGUACAGCAGUUAUCGAGCCCCCUCGCUUCUGGGAAGCCUGUUUGGAGGUGGUGGGUACAACGUUGAUCAGUAUGGAAACAAGUACAUAGGUAGUACGAGUAAUGGCUUUUUCCUCACAUGUAAUGGUAAAGGAUGUGCUGUACGUGGAUAG